AGUGACGAUGAUAAUAUUGAAGAAAUCGCUUAUUUUACCAAAAAUUUAACUGCACAGCAUAUUCAAUUUUCAGCUGUUUCUGUUGAAUAUCCAUCUACUGAUCCUGAAGGUUAUACAGUUAUAUAUAACUUUAUUGAUAAUGAAAAUUAUUCUGAAGAGCAAAGCAGAAGUUUUAAUGUUAAUUGUCCAUUUUUUGAUAAAUCUAACAAUGAAAAAAUACAACAUACUAGUAUUGAUUUUGAUUUAAAUAUUUUUCAAACCAUUAAAAAUGCUGAUGAAUCUCGAAGUAUUCAAGCUAAUACUUUGUUUUAUCUAGCAGCUAAAAAAAUACCUUGUCCAUAUACUCAAGCUAAUGAUAUUCAAUGCACUGGUGAUUUAGUUAUUAAAAAAAGACGAAUACAAGCUUUUAAUUUAAAUGAAUUACAAUCAAAUAUUAAUCUAAAUAAUGGAUACUUUCUUGGUUGUAUAUCUUGGAAGUAUAGUAUUACUAGACAUCGAUAUGUACCACUUACUGAAACUAUUGAUCACCAUUUAUUAAAAAAUUUAAUUAAUGGAAUGCAAUUAAAUCAAUCUGAAAUAAAUAAUAAUUGCAAUAUUGUUUUAUCAAAUAGUUCUAAAUGA